AUGGCAAGCUACCGCUUCCUCAUCCAGCAAAUCAGUGGACACUUUGAAGGGUGCGAGUUCCUUCACGUGCCAAGGAACGACAACAAGCAAGCAGAUGCCUUGGCACAGAUCGGUUCCACCCGACAAGCCAUACCAGCCGGCAUAUCCCUCCAGCGCCUCCUCAAGCCGUCAAUCAAGCCUUCGCCAGAGUCAGACUCUAUCUUCGUGCCGGCAGCUCCUGAAACAGUCGGAUCUGACUCAAAGGCCGCAGCAGCCGGCCCAGGGACUUCGGCAGGCGGCUCGGGGACUGCUGCAGUCGAGCCCGGCCUGGGGACUUCAACAGUUGGCCCGGGGACUUCAGCAAGCGGCUCGGGGACUUCAACAACACAGCAAGAAGUGGCCAAUUCCACCCUGCCACCUCCCAACCUAGCCACCCCAAUACAAGUAGCAGUGCAGACAGUAGAAGAAAUCACAGCACCAGUAUGGGCCCAGCCUAUCCUCAACUUUCUGGUGAACAAAGAGCUGCCAGCCGAUGAAAUCUCGGCCUGA